AUGGAAAAUACCAGUAUCGCCAUCAUCGGCGCAGGUCCAGCAGGCCUCGUCGCUCUCAAGAACCUGCGAGAACAAGGCUUCGAUGCACUCAUCUUUGAACGCCGCCCAUCAGUCGGAGGUCUUUGGUCAUACAGCGAGAACCCCGAGUACACGACAGCCCUCGACGACACAACUGUCAAUGUGAGCAAGUUUGUAUCUAGCUUUAGCGACUUUCCGAUGCCCGACCAUUAUCCGGAUUUCCCUUCACGGCGUCAAAUUCAGGUGUAUUUCGAAGCAUAUAUCAAUCAUUUCGACCUUCAAAGGUAUAUACGAUUCCGGGUCACCGUGCACAAAGUCCUGCGGAACUCUUCGAACUCUGCUUGGGACGUUUACUCUGCAGGCCCCAAUGAAGAAUCGGUGCUCCCCUUCCAUAAAGUCGUCUUUGCAAACGGUUGCGAGACCAUACCUGUUUGGCCGUCUAUACAAAGACGUGAAGAAUUUAAAGGCACCGUGAUGCAUGCUCAAGAAUAUCGAGACUACAAGAAGCAUGGCCUGCAAGGAAAGAGGGUAAUGGUUGUCGGCAUAGGCAACACAGGCUGCGAAAUCGCCUUGAGUCUCUGCAAACACGCAUCGAAAACCUACCUGGCCUAUCGCCGUGGUAGAAUCCUGGUAUCCCGAUAUGAUGACAAAGGUGUCCCCAUGGACAGCCAGAUCCCAUGGCCAAUGCUGUGUCUGACCUACAUCUUAUCUUACUACAUCCCGGGAAUAAUGAAAUGGCUCGUUGAUAAGUUCAUGACCAACAAAAUGAUUCACGAUGCUGCGAAACACGGUCCAAACCUCGAAAAUACGUCUAAAAAGCAGAGACUGAGAGUAGCAGAGCAUAGGGUUCGUGAGGACUGGCGUCUUGUUCCUUGCCCAAGUAUGGCUCACAGAAAUCCCGCUGUUCAAGAAGACAUCUUCCCUGCAUUCUACAACGACGACAUCAUACCAGUUCAAGGCUUUGUGGACUUUGCUGGCGCGAAAACGGUGUUACUGGCAGACCAUACUACCGUCGAGGUCGAUAUGGUUAUCUUCGCUACCGGCUAUCGACAUGGCUUUUCGCUUAUGCCAGAGCUUGAAAUGGAUGGCGCGGCUGGUGUUGAGCUGAAGACAGCCAGCAAGAUAGAACAGCACGAAGUUUCUGAAGAUAAGACACAGCAGCCAGCGCUGCCCAGGCUUUAUCAGAUGAUAUUCCCACCCAAGCAUGCCUCUUCAGUGGCAUUUAUAAGCUGGAUGGCUCCUCAAGCGAACGUCUGGUGUGUUUGUGAACUUGCUUCCAUGGCGAUCGCUCAAGCAUGGGUUGCAGACUGCACCCGGGGACGAGAACCACAAAAUCUCCAACCUCCUUCACUUUUGCCAUCUGAAAAAGUGAUGGAAAACGAGGUCGACUCAUACCACACCUGGUGGCGCAAAGAGUGGGCUACUGACCAUUCCAUACUACACGGAUACGUAAGAGCAUACGGUUUCUACCGAUUUCUUCACAAAACAGCAGGAACUGGCCUAGACGCGUACCUAGAUAAAUACGCUAUCCUGAAUGGCUUACGGCUUUACAAAGAUGACUCCGACCUUUGGAAGUGGCUGUGUAGAGGACCAACAACUAGCCUUUCGUGGAGAUUGUUCGAUACAAAUCCUGAAGGCAUUCCUGGUCAUGGAAGGAAGGUUUGGGAAGGUUCCAGAGAUGCACUUCAAAAGAAUUAUGAGGAGUUUGAAAGAUUUCAAAAGGCAAAGGCGAAGAAUGACUGA